GGACUCGUUUUCCGUCCUUUUCGGAAUUGGUUGUUAGUUGUGAACAUGGCAGUCAGGAAUCGGAAUGCACAGCGCGGUGCCGGCGGUUCGGCUGGGGAGGCUGUCGUUGAGGUUUGUAUCAUAUGAUAACGCUCAGCACAAUUGGAAUCGGGGUUGCUGACAGGAUACGAUACCCAGGCAGCGAAGAAUGCGGAGAAGAAAGUUGAAGAGGCUCUUACUGUUCUUCUUCAUGAAUUGCGUGAGCACACUUCCCUCCUUGCAAUGAUAGUGGUAGCUGACAAUUGGCACAGCAUUAUGGAUGCAGUCGGUUCCCCACGUCUAUCACUCCCACUGGGAAUCACAGCUCCUGACUCGUGAGAUAUACUUCAGGGACAACCACUUCAUAGUCUCUGGUUACAGGCCUCAAUCCCUAUCGUUCUGCAAGAGCUUUCGCUCUCUAACAUACCUUCAUAACGAAACCGGUUCCACCCACCCCAAUCCAGUAUACCACAACAAAAAUCCGAUGGCUAACAGACCCGGAAAAGUAAACAUCUACACCCACCUCCUCCCCGCCCUCCUAUCCCUCCUGCUGGGAACCUACGCCCUGAAGACACACCUCCUCCCCCGCUACCCAACGAGCACAGUCCCGGACCUCCUCUCCUUCGCCUGCUUCUUCGCCAGCGCAAGCAUAUGCCUGGGGAUGUCAGCAACCUACCACACGAUAAGCAACCAUAGUCCAGCGGUCGCAGCGCUGGGAAACAAACUCGACUACCUGGGCAUAGUAAUCCUAAUAAUGGGUUCCUUCGCCCCGAGCGUGCACUAUGCCUUCUACUGUCACCGACGCCUUGCAUACACCUACUGGAGCAUGAUCUCCAUCCUGGGCGUCGGGUGCGCCGCCGCUUCCCUCAUGCCGCGGUUUCGCACAUCGGCGUGGAGACCCUUCCGCGCCGGCCUAUUCGUCUCGAUGGGCCUCUCCAGCGUGCUACCCGUCCUCCAUGGCAUCCGGAUUUACGGCGCUCGCGGGAUGGACGAGAGGAUGGGGGUGAGGUGGUUGCUCAUGGAGGGGCUACUGUAUAUUGCUGGCGCCGGGAUUUACGCUGCUAGAGUUCCUGAGAGGUUCGCACCCGGGAGGUUUGAUUUGCUCGGGGCUUCGCAUCAGCUCUUUCAUUGCUUGGUUGUGGCGGCGGCGGGGUCGCAUUUGGCUGGGUUGGUAAAAGUGCGUUCCCCCCUCCUUCUUUCCUUUUUUUUCUUUUCCCUUCUCUCUCCAUUCCCUUUCUUUUAGGUAGGUGGUUAUAUGGUAAGUAAGGCUUGCUAGUAUGAAAGAAGAAACCAUUAUCAUGUGUUUCUCUGUGCUAACGCGCUCUCACACGGUGCUUCUAGGGGUUCGAUUAUCUGCAUGGUAAAGGCGUGCAAGUGUGCGGUUAGAGCUAUCGAAGUUGGCGUUUGGAGGAGAAUGAAGAAAAAACAAAAAAACGCAGGGCUGGCGGGGAUAUUUACUUUUUUUUUUUGAAAAAGAAAAGAAAAAUCUGCUGGGCCGAAUAAUACUCAAGUAUGCUACUAUACGGCCGUGCUGUUUUUAGAUAAUGCCGGGACUAAAAGGUGCACAUGAGUUGCUCUCGGAGUACAAGUGAAAGCAUCGUACAUGUACAGUAGCGGGCUCAGAGUUUCCUAUUAUCAUAUUAUAUCCAUCCCUC